AUGGGGUUCUCCAUUACACCUUUGAUCAUCCCACAAGCCAUCUUCACAGCAAUCAUCAUGCUGCAGUUUCCACUGCUAAUGAACGCUAGACAGUUGUCAAUGUCGUCAUCAUCGAUAGCGAUGGCACCUGCUUUCGCGCCUGCCCCAAGCCCUGCUGCUGCUGCGACAAACUUGAUCGAAGAAGUCUGCAGGAAAAGCAAUAUCGACGUGACAAAGUGCAUCGAGACUCUGCAAUCCAUCCCUGAUGCAGCAUCAGCCUACGACGACAUCCAAGCUCUGGCCGAGCUGGUCAUGCAGGCCGCUAAGGAAGAGUCGAAGGCAUUGGGCACAAUGUUCAGCGCGAUUCAGAGCAGCAAAGACGCGAACCCAAAGUUGAAGCCAUCGCUGCAGUUGUGCGCUUUCGACUACAGUGACGCGGCUAUCUUCUUCACGCCCAGAGGGUUGGGGGACGUGACGAAGAGUUUGGAAGUGCAUUCUGCUCUGGAUGACUCCCAGAACUGCGACAGCGAGCUGGCGAAGAUCAGGAAUGCUGGUGUGGUUGAUGACUCGAUUUCGGCUGCCAUACAGAAGUGGAGGGAUUUGUAUGCAGUGGCCAAUGGAGUCAUACUGUAUGCUGAAGAUGCGUUCAAAGGCAGAGCUGUGGAUGACCAAGGAGAUGACGAUUACAGCCCAGACUACUGA